GCCGCGAGAGACACUGACAGAUGAGUGAAGCUAACAGUUCGCUUCUCGCUAGCUACAGUUACCUCAGUGUUUAUAAACUGGCCGUAAAGCACUGAAACAAGAAACCACUGAAUGAUACAGACCCUGUCGGACCUGCUCAGAGUCUUCACCCACAGAGCGUCAUGUGCUCCACAGCUAAACUCAACACGGAAACGUAUUGGUAGAGAUGUAGCUGGCUAAUAACAAACGGUAGCAUGCAUGGGAAGCAGUCGCCUGUGGAGGAUACAAGCCUGAAGCUGUCCCCUGAAUAAACCGAUAGCAAACCAAACCAAGAAGGCUGAGGCAACAGUGGCACCAUGUACUCAAGCCCAAAUCACCCCAUGAAGCCCAAUUGCAACAGCAGCAGCAUCACUGAGUUGCUGGGUACCCUGUGUGACUGCAGCCUGUCUGGAGUGUCAUGGAAGCGUCGAGCCCUGGGUGGAGUCUCAAAGGAAGGAUUCCGUAGGGCUCUAAAGAGGCGUGCUUACGAUGCCCUGCUAUCCAAACUGUUUCUGGAUGGUAGCAAAGUUUCAUCCUCAGGACCUAGUGCCACGGCUCAAACACCGCCUAGAAACAGAGUCCUGAUGAUAUGCUUUGACUUGCGGGUGGCAGGGUGCAGAGAGGAAGCAGAGAGGUUGGAGGACCAGCUCGGGAGGCUGCCGGAGGAAGCGUCCUCUGGCCUGAAGGAAAUAGACGCAGUUCUUGAGCUCCUUGUGCACUUGGCUGGUUCUGCACCUCCACCCUCUACCUCUUUUAACAGGGACUACAUGAGACGAGAGCGGCCCGUGCUGCGGAGGCCUCAACCCUGGGGCUACCAGAGCGAAGAGCUUCAGCGGCUAGAGGCCAGGGCUUGGGGGCUAGUCUGUGGGGAGGAAUGGGGGACUUUGGAGAGUUUCUGUGAAACUCAGGGGUUGAUGGAUGCCCCUCCAGGUACAGGGCUGCUAGCUCUGAGGACCAAAUUGGAAGUUGAAGAAAAAUUUGAGAAGGACACCAGGAUGACACUGUUUGGAGCACUGCAGCACACUCGCACUUCAGACAUAGAUAUAAGACUGGACCUGCCUCCUGUUCCCAGUAAUAUUGAUGUGACUGGGCUGGCUAUCAGGGUCCCCACCUGUUCAGAUCAGUCUGAGGAUGAGGGCUUCCAGUCGUCGUCCAACCUGACCCCAGACUCUCAGUCAGAGCCCAGCCCCGUUCCAGACAUUGAUAUAUGGGAGGCUGCCCGCACUUUUGAGCCCGGAAGACGCCGCUGUUGGGAGUCUGUGGGACGCCCACCAGGGAAAAGUGAGUCUCUCUACCUAACAGAGGGAGGCAGGGAGGCCUUCGACCAGCUCUAUCGUCUUUGGGAGGGGGAGAUGAGGGUGGUGAGCACUGGGACCCUCUCCCCUGUCCUCCCGCUGGACUCUCAGACACAACUGGUUUCCAACCUCCUCAACGUCCUGAUCGGAGUGGCGUCCACAACGUUCCCUCUUAACCAGAGUAUUCAGUUUGAUGUCAGGCCUGGAGUGUGCAUCUCGGGAGCCUCUCCAGAGAGCGUGUCUCGUCUCCUGAGGGAGGUGGCCCAGUACGGCACCAACUACUUGAGGCUGAGUAACUUUACUCUGAAGAGUGCCGACAAGAAGGGCCUAGUCUUCCAGGCUUUCACAGGAGGUCUCAGGAAGUAUCUGCAUUACUACAGAGCUUGUGUUCUCAGCACUUCACCCACACUCAGCCUGUUGACCAUCAGCUUCCUCUUUCGUAAAGUUGGCCGCCAACUCAGGUACCUGUCAGAGCUGUGCUGUGUUGACGGGCCUUUGGGUGUGGGCCAGGCUUCCUUCCCUGCAGGUGUUAAACUGCUGUCCUACCUGUACAAUGAAGCACAGCAUAACUGCGGCAACGAGAACUAUCCGGUCCUGCUGUCGCUGCUGAAGAGCUGCUGUGAACCCUACACAAGGUUUGUGUAUGACUGGGUGUAUAGUGGCGUGUUCCGGGAUGUUCAUGGCGAAUUCAUGAUCCAGGUCAACGAGGAGUACCUCAGCUCCAGAGACAAAAACUUCUGGAUCCAAGGCUACACUCUGAUCUCUAAGGAUGUGGAGGAUUGUGUUCCCAUCUUCCUCAAACACAUCGCCAAUGAUGUGUACGUCUGCGGAAAAACCAUCAACCUCCUGAAGAUCUGCUGCCCACAGCACUACAUCUGCUGGUCGGAGCUGCCGGUGCCUCGCAUUGCUGUCACCUUCUCCCUUCAGGAGGUGGAGGACAUUGAGAAGGACUGCGCUGUGUACCGCGGACGCAUGGAGAGGAUUGCCAAGCACAGCGCCAUCAGCAGGGAGGAGCAGGCCCUGCGUACAGAGCAAGCACGCCAAGAGCUGAUCAAUCAGGUCAGAGCGUCAACUGCCAAAACUCUGGAAAGCAUCCGUGGACGUCAAGUGUCACAACGUCUGGCUGAAGAGGCCAAGAAGAGGGAGCGUUUUGAGGAGUGUAAGCAGCAACUGGAGCAAGAGCAAGAGUGGCGGAGUGCAGCCAAGAAGAAGCAGGAGGAGGAUGAUUUCAGCUUUGCCAGAGAGCUGAGGGACAGAGAGAAGAGACUACAAGCCCUGGAGGAGCAACUGGAGCAGACAGCCAGGAAGGAGCUGAUUGCUCAGUACAGCCAUCUGUCAGAGGAAGCUGCCCGCAGAGAGAGACGAGCCGUGUGGAGGGUUCAGCGAAUGAGACUUGACGAAGCACGAGCUCAGUUCUUUAUUCACGACAGAGAGCACACUGAGGCAUUAGUAGAGAAAUAUCCUUUAGGACAGGAGGGACCUCCUGUGGAAGUUCUGCCUCCUAUUUCCUCAACAGAACAUUCUGUACAACAACAGGAGCUGUCAGAGCAGCAGCGUGUUGAGACCCAAGAAUCUGACACUGUACCUUCACCCCCACCCGACCCAUCAUCAUCACCCAUCACCCACCUCACAGCUGACCCUGCCCUCAUCUCUGAAGAGAUCGAUAUCAAGGAUUUCCUCCCCAAAUCACCUAAUCCUGACAGUCGACAAGUGGACGUGGCCCUACAGGAGAUCGGCUCUGACCUUUCUGAAGUGUGCCCAACAGCACAACUAGUUGACUAUGACUUCAGUGCCCCCUUUAGUCCACUCGAGGGUAUCACUGGCCAAGCCUCAGUUCAGCCCCGGCCUCGCUGGGGACCCGCAGUCCAGCCUGACUUGAUCCAAAGCCACCCGUCUUUCUCUCACAUCCCCAUCGGUGAGAAUAUGUCCCAAGUCAUGGAGAAUGUCCCCAAAGUCAGCCUCUUCGGUCAAGCUUCCAAAUCUAGCUUUCCUCUCGGCCAGUAUACCCUGUUGGAGCCUCGAAAUACAUCUAAAGCCAGUGUUUAUGAUUAUUCCUCUCAAGCCAUAGCAGAGCAAAUAGACAGGACUGGUACAGCCACAGAUGACAAGCAGGAUGAAUGUGUCCUCACGGCAGAACAGGACACUAAAAUGGAGAUUUUAGAAAUGAAAGUAGCUGAAAAAGAAAAUGAACAAAAAACUACUGAACUGGCUGCAGAUGUUGUUCCCCCCCAACCAUCAUCAAGCACCCAUGGACACUCCUCUGACGCUAACAUAAAGGUCGGGCAGUUUGUAUCCGAGGUCACUUCUCCUCUAUCGUUUCCCAACAUCCAUGGCCAUGCCUCAGACUCCCACAUUCAGAUUCAAGGACAUGUUUCAGGUGUCAAUGCUCCUCUACUUUCCCCCAGCGUUCAUGGUCACUCUUCUGAUUCUCACUUUAAAGCUGGGGAAAAUGUCUCAGACUUUGUCGCUCUUUUUCCUUCUUCCAAUGUCCACGGUCAUGCCUCGGAUGCCCACUUCAACGUUGGGGAGAUGGUUUCUAACAUAGUUGCCCCUCUGCCCACCCCUAAUGUUCAUGGUGACAAGAAGGAUGAAGUUGUCCUUACGGCACAACAGGACACUAAAAUUGAGAUUUUAGAAAUGAAAGUAGAUGAAAAAGAAGAUGAACAAAAAACUACUGAGCCUUCGAAAGAAGAUGGUGUGACAGUUACUGCCCCCUUCACCACACCAGAGCAGGGCAAUGGUGACCACAAAGUUGUGACAAGUGCUUCUGACUUGAGUCGGGGGAUAUCCCUUGAGAAAAACACUCAAGACGAAAUUUUAGAUGCUCAAAACAAAGGCGAUGGAAAUAUUUCUUUGACAAACGUUCACACUCAUGUCUCCAGAGAGCUGGCUGCAGAUGUUGUUCCCCCCCAACCAUCAUCCAGCACCCACGGACACUCCUCCGACGCUAACAUAAAGGUCGGGCAGUUUGUAUCCGAGGUUACUGCUCCUCUAUCGUUUCCCAGCAUCCACGGCCAUGCCUCAGACUCCCACAUUCAGAUUCAAGGACAUGUUUCAGGUGUCAAUGCUCCUCUACCUUCCCCCAGCGUUCAUGGUCACUCUUCUGAUUCUCACUUUAAAGCUGGGGAAAAUGUCUCGGACUUUGUCGCUGUUUUUCCUUCUUCCAAUGUCCACGGUCAUGCCACGGAUACCCACUUCAACGUUGGGGAGAUGGUUUCUAACAUAGUUGCCCCUCUGCCCACCCCUAAUGUUCAUGGUCACAGCUCAGAUGCGCAUAUCAAAGUUGGGGAGAAUGUUUCUGAAAAUGUUGCACUGAUCCCUACUGCAAAUAUCCACGGUCACUCUUCUGAUGCAAAUAUGAAAGUGGGCGAGAUGGUCUCCAACGUAUCUGAAGCAAUACCUCGUUUCAGUCAACACGGGCAUGUCUCGGACUGCACACUCCAGCCAGGCUGUCAUGUGUCAGGGGACAAACUUACGUUGUCCCCUUUACCCGGCAGUUCUUACGGUCACUCCUCAGACUCGACGUUAGGUGUAGGAUGUGUAGUUUCGGGAGAAGAACCAAAAUGUCCUCCAAUGCCUGGCAGUGCCCACGGUCAUUCCUCAGACUCGUCGCUGGGUAUAGGUUGUAAGGUGCUGGGGACUCAGCUGCAACCCUCUGCACUACCAGGCAGUGUUUAUGGCCACUCGUCAGAUUCUUCACUUGGUGUUGGAUGUGUGGUGAAGAGCAAUCAGCAGAAACCAGAGGACAAUGAAGGUCCUGAGUCGGAGAGUCAUGGUCAGCAGGUGGUGGAAGGCAUGGGGUCCUGGCCAGCAGGCUCUGGUUUGUCCCCAAGAGAACAGUCUGAGCGGGAAUACCUGUUAGCUCUGUCUGCUCAGUACCAGGUGGACCUCUAUGACGACUGCUACAACCUAAUGGCUUCCUCACCCGAGUGUCAGUUGCUGAAGCAGGUAACCCGGGGCCCCUGGGGCCUUCCUACGGAGCCCACUCUCCGCAGAGCGACAGACACCACUGCAGUCCAGCUCAGCGAGAUGGUGUCCCUGCCGGUUCUGAUAAAACACUCUGUCACCACCCCACUCAUCACACAUGUGUCUUUGGUGAACAAGGCGGUGGUGGACUUCUUCUUUGUGGAGUUGGGAGUUGAAAGACACUUUGAAGCACUGCGCCAUUUCCUGCUGAUGGAGGACGGCGAGUUUGCCCAGUCCCUCAGUGAUCUGCUCUUUGAAAAGCUGGGCAAUCGGCAGACUCCCGGCGAGCUGCUGACCCCCUUGGUCCUGAACUCCAUCCUCAGUAAGGCCCUGCAGUACAGCUUGCACGGGGACACGCCUUUGGCCGCCAACUUCACCUUCGCCCUUCGCUUCUUCCCGGAGACCUUUCACCCGCACGCCCCUGACUCCCUCAACUGCCUGGAGCUGCGCUACAAGGUGGACUGGCCGUUGAACAUCAUCAUCACGGACAGCUGCAUGAACAAAUACAACCGCCUGUUCUCGUUCCUGCUGCAGCUCAAACACAUGGUGUGGAGCCUCCGUGAUGUCUGGUUCCACCUGAAGAGAACAGCGCUGGUGAAAGGUGCGGGCCGCUCGGUGCAGUUUCGUCAGCUGCAGCUCUACAGACAUGAGAUGCAGCAUUUCGUCAAGGUGAUUCAGGGAUACAUCGCCAACCAGAUCCUGCAGGUGUCGUGGAGCGAGUUCACAGCCAAGCUGGCCACUGCCAGCGACCUGGAUGCCAUCCACCGCACACAUGCAGACUACCUUAACAGAGCCAUCUUCAGGGGUUUGCUGACGGAGAAAGCUGCUCCGGUCAUGAACAUUAUCCACAGCAUCUUCAGCCUGAUCCUCAAGUUCCGGGCCCAGCUGAUCGCACAACCGUGGGACAGCCAGCACGGCGAGGCGGUGCACCCCAGCUUCAUCGCCAUGCAGCAGUCGUACAACACCUUCAAGUAUUACUCUCACUUCCUUUUCAAAGUGGUGACCAAGCUGGUUAACAGAGGCUACCAGCCCCAUCUCGAGGAUUUCCUCCUUCGCAUCAACUUCAACAACUACUACAAAGACUCAUGAGCUGUGUGCCGGGUUGUUUCUAAGUUUUACAUGAGCUUAAAGUUUCACAGACAUAUUUGUUAGAUACCUAACCAAUGCAGCAGUUUACUGUGCAGCGUACUUGUUUAUAUUUUUUGUAUCUUAUCUCAGAUCAGAUCAUUUGACGUAUAUUUUAAACAAAGUUAUUCUGGCGUCCACGUCAGUGCGCAGAAUUCAUUAAAACCCCACCUGGACUUUACUCUGAGAAAGGGUUUGACAUUGAAACCACAUUAGGCAAUCACCUCACAUCAACGUGCAGGAUGGGAACUACAUGCCUGCUGCUUGAUUAAUUAGUCUGCUUCUGAAAUGUGUAUGCUGCCAAAGUUUGUAAUUGUGAUGAAGCUAAUGCCUGUAAUGAAAUGUAAUGCCUCCCGUGCUCAGGUGAAACUCCAGCUGUGUAGAACUCGAAUGGAAAUGAUAUGUAAAUACUUAAGGAAAACGCUUUGUUCAAUAAAUGCUCUAUUGUUUCCUCUUGA